GCGGCGGCUCUGAGCUGGCAGGCGGAGGGUUGUCUCCCGCGCCCGCCUGCCCGGCGCGGUCCGAGGAUGCGGGGGGGCGAUGCCCGGGGCCAGGGACGCGCUCUGUCACCAGGCGCUGCAGCUGCUGGCCGAGCUCUGUGCCCGUGGGGCCCUGGAGCACGACAGCUGCCAGGAUUUCAUCUACCACCUGCGGGACCGCGCCAGACCCCGGCUCCGCGACCCAGAUAUCUCAGUGAGCCUGCUGACCCUUGUGGUCACUGCCUGUGGCCUCGCCCUCUUUGGCGUGUCUCUCUUCGUGUCUUGGAAACUCUGCUGGGUUCCGUGGCGAGAACGAGGCCUGUUCUCUUGUAGCAAAGACAACAACCAGGAGCCUCUUAACUACACGGACACAGAGACCAAUGAGCAGGAUAACAGUGAGGGCUUCCUAGACCCUCCCACACCCUGCCCUGACUCCUCCAUGAAGAUCAGCCACACCUCCCCUGACAUUCCCCUCUCCACCCAGGUGGGGGGCCAGGAGAACUGUACCCAUGGCGUCCGUGUACAGCGCCAAGUCACAGAGCCAACCUCAUCGGCUCGGCAUAAUUCAAUCCGAAGACAACUCAAUCUGUCAAACCCGGACUUCAAUAUCCAACAGCUUCAAAAACAAGAACAGUUGACUGGAAUUGGUCGAAUUAAACCGGAGUUAUAUAAGCAGAGGUCAUUGGAUAAUGAUGAUGGGAGAAGGAGUAACAGCAAAGCCUGUGGGAAGCUGAACUUCAUUUUAAAAUAUGACUGUGACUUAGAACAGCUCAUAGUGAAGAUUCACAAAGCUGUCAAUUUGCCCGCCAAGGACUUUUCUGGGACUUCAGAUCCUUAUGUCAAGAUCUAUUUGCUUCCCGAUCGGAAAACAAAACACCAGACUAAAGUUCACAGAAAGACCCUGAACCCUGUGUUUGAUGAAGUGUUUUUGUUUCCCGUUCCCUACCAUGACCUUGCAGCCCGGAAGCUUCACUUCUCUGUGUACGACUUUGACAGGUUUUCCCGCCAUGACUUAAUUGGCCAAGUGGUGGUGGAUCACUUCUUAGACUUGGCUGAUUUCCCCAGGGAGUGCAUCCUUUGGAAGGAUAUCGAAUAUGUCACCAAUGACAAUGUGGAUCUUGGAGAGCUGAUGUUUUCCCUCUGCUAUCUUCCAACGGCUGGCAGGCUGACCAUUACCAUUAUAAAAGCAAGGAAUUUAAAGGCAAUGGACAUAACAGGAGCAUCAGAUCCCUACGUGAAAGUCUCACUGAUGUGUGAUGGCAGACGACUGAAGAAGAGGAAAACAUCCACCAAGAGGAACACUCUGAAUCCUGUUUACAACGAAGCCAUAGUCUUUGACGUCCCUCCUGAGAACAUUGAUCAAAUCCACUUGUCCAUAGCGGUCAUGGACUACGACCGUGUAGGUCACAAUGAGAUCAUCGGCGUGUGUCAAGUAGGCAACGAAGCUGAGAGGCUGGGCAGAGACCACUGGAGUGAAAUGUUAUCAUAUCCUCGGAAACCCAUUGCGCACUGGCAUUCCUUGGUGGAGAAACGAUGACUAUGAGUAAGAGGACUGCUUGUGCCAAGGACACAGUAGGACAACCAUCUUACAAAGAUCUUAAGGAACUUUUCCCAUCCAACAACAUCCGGACGACUCCAGUGACCAAAUGCUCAGCUGUACCCACAGCAAUAACUGGCCAUCUUUCCAGAUUGGGUUUGGUGGACAUGAACAGUCCAGCCAUCUUCAGGUGGCCUAAGGUGGUAUGCUGUAGGGGAAGCACAUCUCAUUGCUGAGAACCAAGAUCAGACUAUGGAAGAAACCAACUAAUAUAGCGAGACAACUAAAAGUAACCAGGACUACCAGGACUCUUAGUGAUCAACAAAGCCCUUAGUGAUGGAGUCAUAGCACCUGCCCUGGCAGCAUCACUCGUAGGUGAUAUUUGCUUGAAUGCCCUGGAAGGACAGAAUAUUUUAAAAUAUAUCCAGGUGCUAAAUAGGCAGCAGAUCUAAUUCACACUGGACUACCUUUGAGCUAAUAACUGUCACCAGAAAAUAAUUUCACCCAAGAAGUGCUCCAGCUUUGCAAGGAAUAGCCCCAGGAGAGUAAUAGGAUAGGCAUGCCAUUCCCCUGGAGAAACUCUAGUGCAAGGAGAGUUAGUUCACAGCAAAUUCACUGCUCCCUCCCAUGCACAUGGCUGUGAGUACCAGUUGAUCAUGGCCCUCUCUCCUGCUAAACCCAGAUUCUGAGGAGUCAGAAUCUCCAACACUGUUUUCUAGAUAGCCAGCAGCCACUUCCUUACAACAGGGGUUGGCAUUAGAAUGAAAGUUACUUGUCAUCCGUGUUAGAGAGGCAUUCAUCUCACUGGCGUAAGCAUCUGGAAUACCCUUCCCCAGGCACAUUUGUCCACUGAGGGAACAGCCUCAGCAAUAGAUGUACCAUUGUGUGAGCUGAG